UACAACUGCUCAGUUUGAAGAAAAAAAUGUCCUUUACCUGCUGGGCUUUCAUUGAUUUCAUUUGGUUAUUUCUUGCAUUAGCGUUCGCUUUUUCUGUUUGUAUCUUCAAAUUGAGUCGAGCUAAGGUUAACUACAGCAAUUCCAAAAUUCUGUAUAUUUUUGAAGAUCUAAUUCGUUAUGGUAAAACAAAAAACGAUUUACGUAGAGGAGCAUUGUUACGUCUUUUCGAUGUACCUAAAAGGUGGUUUUUCCAUUUUUAUAUUGUUUCUGUUAUUUGGAACAGCUUCCUUAUAAGAUACCAUAUAAAUGCAGUGUUCUUUGGAGUGCGUUAUCCAAUUUGGUUAAGUGACCUUAGCAGUGCACUAACUAAUUUCUGUGUGCAACAUGAAAACGGUAACCAGUUAUCAGUUCUUUUGAUUCAUCUACUUUUGUGGGCUCACUCCGUCAGAAGGCUUUAUGAGUGCCUUUUCAUCAGUGUGUUUUCAGAUGGAGUCCUACAUAUUGUGCAGUACUGCUUUGGCCUUGCCUAUUAUGUUCUGCUUGGUUUAACUGUAAUUUCUACAUCAUCUAUCAGUCAGGCUGGAGGUUCUACAGAGAAUCGUUAUGCACAGAUUCAUUUUUCUCAUUUUCUGGGAAUUGCAAUGUUUAUAUGGGCAUCAGUUCAUCAAAAUAGAUGUCUUACAAUUCUUGCCAAUCUUAGAAAAGAAAAUAACGGUAAAGUAAUAAACAUGCAACACAGUAUUCCUGUUGGAGAUUGGUUCGGUCUGAUUUCAAGUCCACAUUACUUUGCAGAACUGUUAAUUUACAUUUCACUCAGUCUGACAUUAGGUGGUUGGAACUUGACUUGGUGGCUUGUUGUAUUAUAUGUUUUGUUUAAUCAAGCAUUGGCUGCUGCUCUAUGCCAGGAGUUUUAUCACAAGAAGUUUGACUCUUAUCCAAAAUGUCGCCGUGCUUUUAUACCAUAUUUGUUAUAGCUUGACCAAAAAUAGAGUUGAGUAUCUCUUUUGUUUUCCUGUGUUAAGUAUAUGGGAAAAUUCGUUUAAAUUCCAAAACUCUGUUAUUUAUUGCAUUUUUGAUUACUUUAUUUGAAUGUGUAUGAUAGUACUUGAUGUGCCAAGACAAUUACUUGAAAGAUAUCUUUUUGGGCUCAACAAACUUUACCAUGAACUGGAAAUGUGGAGAUAUUUUUGGAAAUUAUGUCAAAACACCAGUUGCUGCAGUAUAGUAAUUAAGUGUUUAAAAAAAAAAGCAACAAAAAAACAUAUACUAAAGUGGAAACACAAAUUGUUUUUGCCUCUUUUUGUAGUAGAGUUGUGAUGUAAUAUGAAUUGGCCAUGGCAAUUCCUCUUUGAACCCUCAGCUAAAUUCUGACCAUUCUUUGCACUGCUCUCCCUGAAUGUUGUGCCAAAUUAACACUAAGGAGAACUUCAGAGCAAAGUCUUCUUACCUGCUGUA